GGAAGUAGAGAACGCCAUCUAUGGUUUGUAAUAACUAACUUUUUAAUUUUGUAACUGUUAAAGAGAAAGAUCACCAGAAUAAAACAACAACGGUAAAAAAAGGCGGCAAAUGUGUGCGUCAUAUGGUUAUUGAUUGGAUGCUUAUCAAGAAGUGUGGUUGAAAUGAAAAAUAAGGCUAAACAACUCAAAAACGUAUUGUUAAAUAUGUGCACCGGACGUCUGUGAAGAAGAAUUCAUGCAAAACUGUUGCAAAUAGAAAUGAGCCCACAUGAUCACUGCAACAAAUGGAUACCAACAGGAAGUAACCAAGCCGUUGGAAGCUGUUCUCAAUACUAACGCCAUCUACAGUCCGCUGUGGUCCUAUAUGUUCAACACAACACAAGACUGGCCAGAAAGAGGGAACAUAUGUUGGCAUCUGAUGCCUUUAUGGCGGUGACCCCCAAAACUUUUUGCAUGCUUUAUAUUGUCGAUGACAGUGAAAGAUGAAAGAUCAACACACAUACUAAUUCAAUAUUGCCAACAUCUGGAAAUAGUUUAUUUUCUUUUUGUAUAUAUUUGUCUGGUUUACUUAAAAUUCAAUUUGCGCUCCCCCAUGGAUUGUGAGUUGGUACAAGGCAUACAUAGGGCUUUUCAGUUGAUUUUGAAUAUUGGAGGAGACAACAGCAUCUUAGGAAAAACAACGGAUAAAAGGAAUUGGAAACAAAAUGAUGAUUUCGUAUUUGUUUAUGGCAAUUUUGGCCGGUAAUCUAUAUAAUCAGGUCAACAGUGCUGGCUUACCUAAACCCACACCCCUUACCCGCAUUCUAAAUGAAGGGCGUCUGGAAAAUCAAGGCACCUUGGAGCACAAAAUUGAGUUUAUGCUUGAAUCUAUUACACGCAUGGAAAGUUCAAUACAAAAUCUCCAAGAGAAGUCGCAUACCUGGUCUAUAUUUCAACAUCACAUUGAGUCGUGGAAUGAUGGUUUGCGUGUCUUGGAAAAUAAAAUAGAUUUUUUGAAACGUUCACACGAAGAUCAACAAUUGGCCUUGAAUAAAAUGGAUAUUACUUUGCACGAAAAUACGGAUAUAAAUGAAAUAAAGGAUGCCCUGAAAAAGGAGCAAACCUUGCAAAAGGAAUCGGCCACCAAAGUAAAUGCAAUACUAAGGCACUUGCAGACAAUGCACAAGGAGAAGAAUGGAAACAUAAAUGCUUCGCAUGGCAAGAAAAAAUCAAAUCUAAUAGCAGGUGAUGCUGCCAUGGCAGAUACCCAGUCAUCGACAGGCCACUGUAAUGGUAGCCAUAAGCUGGAACAACGUUUAAAUAGCAUUCAACAUCAAAUGGCAUUGCAAAGGGAUUUGAAACAGCUGCAUUCCAUGGACAAACGUAUGAGCAAAUCUAUUGAACAUUUAUCCCAGUCUAUGACUCAUGCCUUGGAUAAACAAGACGAGUUAUCUUCACGUCUGCAGCGAUCAAAUGAAUGCUGUUAUGCUCUGUCCAGUGAACUGACCACAUUUACCGAAAGUUCUGAUAUUUUAUUGAAACGUAUUGAACGUCUCAUUAAAAAUGUAAAUGAUAAAUUGAAUCGUAUCCAGGAAAAUAAUGCUGAGGAGCAUCAUCAUCAUCAACAAGAAGAAGAUGGAGAAGAAGAUAGAGAAGAAGAGGAAGAUAAUAACAUCAAUGAAGGGGAUGAAUUUGAGAAUACAACCAACCACAUACAUUUGGAAGUGUUUCAUGAGGAAGUUGGGGUCAAAGAAGAAGAAACUGAACACCACCGAAGUCAUGAGGAGGGGGAGGAAGAGGAUGAGGUAGAAGAAGAGCCUGUUGUGGGCAACGUAAAUCACGAAAGAAGUGAGCAUGAAGACUCUCAAACAGAAUUGUAUGGCCGAGAUAUUGAAUUUCUACGCCCCGAUUUAAAUGGUUGCCAUGAAUUGACUAAUGAAAACGGCGUUGAUGAGUCAUUGCGCAUUGAUGGAAUAUAUAAAUUUGCCAGCCCCGAUAUCAAUGAAAUCGAAAGAGAUUUUAACGAACGUCUUUGUGUCUUUGUAAAUAGUAGUUCGCCAACAGAUGUAGCCUGGACCGUAAUACAACGCAGGUUACCCUUGGAACAUCCGGAGAAUUUCAAUCGCUCUUGGUCAGAAUAUCGCAAUGGUUUUGGUUCUUUGCAACAUGAUUUUUGGUUUGGCAACGAAUUUAUACAUCGUUUGGUCUACAAUGAAGACUAUGAGCUGCGCAUCGAAUUGGAAGAUUUCAAUAGCACUAGGGUUUGGGCUGAAUAUGGUAUCUUUCGUUUGGAUAGUGAAGAAUUCAAUUAUAAUCUAUUAAUUGGAGAAUAUAAGAGUGAAAGUACUGUGGCCGAUGCUAUGCAGUAUCAUAACGAUAAUGAUUUUAGUACAUAUGACAGGCGCAACGAUAAAACCGUUGAUGCUUGUUGUUCGUGUGCCAUGGGUUAUGGUUCGGGUUGGUGGUUUGAUAACUGUUCCGAGGCAAAUCUAAAUGGCAUCUAUCGUUUUACACCUUGGGGCAAUAAUUACAAUGGCAUUAUGUGGGAAUUGUGGCAUGGCGAUUAUUCACUGAAAAGUACUCGCAUGAUGAUCCGGCCAAAGCAGCAGCACUCCGAAGAUCGUGAUGUUUUAUAUUCUUCCUCAUCAUAUUAUGAUAUUCAGGAGCAUCAUAACGAGGAUCCUUAAGAAGUGCAUUUAAUUACUUCAGUUUUUUUCCAAAUUGCAUUGGAUUUUGCUUUCUUAAUGAACUUUUAUCUGAUUCCAAACUAAUUUUUUCUUCCAAAUAAAUAUAUUUUUCCGAUUUUGUUAGUGAA